CUAUAAUUUUCUCUACGUUUUAGUUCGAUCUAUACCCCACUGCUGUCGACAAGCGCAGUGUUUGACGUACAUUUGUCAUUUUACAGAAUGCGCACUCGGAAUUUUCAGAACGAGUCUACUUUCAUUUUAAUAUUUCCAGUUGCUUCUUGGUCGAUUGCUAGCUUCAAGAGAGAAUUUUAUCAAGAAAUUUCAUGAUGUCUGAUAAUGAAGAGGGCAUACAGGAAUUUCAACCUGUCAGUGGGAUGGUACAAUCCCAGGACAUCCAUCCUGAUCCCAGCAUUCCAUUUCCUGAAUCUCAGGUAGUUAAAGAAGGUAUAAGUGACAUCCCUAUGGACACACCUAAACCAGGAUCAGAGGACACAGACUUUGUCCUAUCAAAGAGCGAUGAUGGUGGCCGUACGUCUGAAUCUGAUUCCAUUGUUAUAAGUGAGAUCCCUACGGACACUCCUAAGCCAGGGUCGGAGGACACAGACUUAGUUCUAUCAGAGAGUGAUGGUGGCAGUAAGUCUGAGUCUGAUCCCAUUGCUAGCAUUAAUGGCCCUUACACUGAAAAUGAAGAUGACUGGCAGACUCCACACAACCUUGAUCUGGAUCAAAAUGAAAAUCCUCCUAAAAUGGAGUUAAGAGAUGGUUUUGAAGAUAGGAAAUCUGAAGAAGCCACCUCUGGAGAUCUUCUAAAAGGCCAGCAGGUUAUUGUGGAGAGUGUUACAGAAAAUGAGAAGCCUAAACUAAGUCAAGAAUCAUCAAGAGCCAAAAAAGCCAGGAAGUUAGAGGCUUAUGGUGAUAGGUUGAAGCAAAUGAAAGGAAGCACAAUGUACAUAGACUUUAAAUGUGCAGUGUGUGAGAAAUCUCUCUCUGAUCCAUGCUAUCUGGAUUGUUUACAUGCCUUUUGUGCUGGCUGCUUAACUGUGGAGGAGGAACAGAAAAUAAAAUGUCCCACAUGUCUCACUGAGACAGGGCUUCCUGAAGGUGGACUUGAUGCUCUUCCAAGAAUUAGAAUCCUAGAGGAUCUUGCUGAAAAGAAUUCUGGAACCAAACAUUGUGAGGUUUGUAAGCUGAUGAAGAAGGUUAAUGAUGCAACUGGUUUUUGUGUUGAAUGCAAGGACUACCUUUGCCAAAAUUGCUGGGAUGUGCAUAAGUUCACUAAGUUUACUCUCAAUCAUGAGGUGAUUUCUUUAGAGGGAACAUCCAUUGAAGAGUUAGAGAAACAGAGUAAAGGGCAGGAGGAACAUUCCAAAUGUAGCAAGCAUUCCAGUGAAGACCUCAGGUAUUUCUGUAAGGGUUGUGAAGAAUAUGUCUGCACUGAUUGCAUUCUGCUGGAUCAUCAAAAUCAUCCAUGCAUUUCAAUCCAAGAAGCUUUUGAAAGGCAGAUGGUAACAUUUGAUAUGCUACUGAAAGGGGUUGAUGAAAAAAUUCAAAGAAUAGAAAUGGAAGAAUUUAAACCUGAAAGAAAUGUUGUAGAACUUGCUGAAGAAGUUCAAGUUGAAAAAAUCAAAUCAACCAUUGAAAUGGUUAUCCAGGGCUUACGGCAGCAGGAAGCAGAGGCAAUUGCCUCAGUGCAUCAGAAAUUCCAGAACUUGAAACAGCAUAGUCAGAAAAGACAAUAUUCAGCCCAAGAGAUUCUAUUCCAUUUGAAAGAGGUUAAGACCAUUUGUGGUCGCCUCUCUGCACUUAGUAAUAACGAAGAAUUCUUGGCUCUUGAGAAAAAGUUUUCGAAAAGACUUUUGAGAGUUCUUAAUAUGACUGUUAUGCCAGAACCACUCUCUUGGUUUUCAACUCCAGAAGCUGAAGUUGAAUCCUGGCUGAUUGAUGAUAAGAAAUUGAAGUCUCUCUUCAAAAUUACUACCCAUAGCAAAUGUCAUGAUUGGGUUGAAGAUAUGCCAUGCAUUGGUUCAUUGAAGGAAUUCUAUCAGGACAGAGAAGCCAGCAAGAAGGCGGGCCAUCCAGAAUGGUACAAAGGCAAUGUUCAGAAAUCCAUGGAAUAUAACCAUAAAGUGGACGAGGAUCAGCACUUCUUUAACAGAAAUGCUGACUUGGAUCCAGUGAGGUCUAUAUCCACACAGAGUGAGAGUGGAAGCACUGCUAAUUCUGAGAACUAUGAAGAUGCAGGAGCUAGGCCAAAGAUAAUUAGCCCCAAAAAGAGGCGUGGUCGAAAAAAAAAAAAUGCUGCUAUCUCUAUGGAGAACAUUACCCAAUAUCAUCCGAUGGCUGAUGAAGGGUCAUGUGAAGUGCAGGAAUCUAAUUUCUAUGAUUCAUCUUUGUAUGGGCAAGUUCCAGGAUAUGUGGGAAUGUCAGAGUAUUUGAAUCAUUCCUUAUAUACCGGUAGGCCAAUGCAGUUUCCUGGGGAGGGUUUCCAUCCUGGGGCACACUACAUGAUGAAUUCUGUGAGUCUGAAUUCUUUAACAAACAUCUCAAAGACAGGCAAAGUUCCAACCAGAAAACCCCAACAACAAUCAAGCCAGCCUGCCAAGCCUCAGAGCAAAACUUCGAAGGAAAAAGAUAAAAUUAAAGUAAAGCCAGCUCCUGCUGAAAGUACCAAUAAGCCAAAGAAAGCAAAUGCUGCAAAAGUCAAACCUGCAUCGGUUUCCAUCACUCCAAAAUGGAGACUGGACACUAAAUGCUCAGAUGACAAAGACACCCCGUUCCUGACAUCAGUACACCCCAUUCAACAUAAUAAAGUGGUGGUUUCUGAUAGUGUGAACAACAAGAUAAAAAUAUUUUCCAUCGAGGGAACCUUUAUCAAAGCCUAUAAUGUGGAGAACCCAACUAGUGUCAUUUUUGUGUGUGGGGUAUUAAUUUGGACCUCAGGUCCCAAUGUUGUCAUUAAUGAGAUGAAUGAUGAAUUUGUUAAGGUCAUCAACUUCCAUAAUGCUUCAAUUCCACGCCCAUUGUCCUGGUAUCCUCAGAGUCAGUUUGCUGUAGCCAAUGGGGAUCACUUGAGGAUUUACCAUGUGGACAAGGAGAAGUCAAACUUUACCAAAAAGAGCCAAGUUUCUUUUGAACUUCCCAAUCAACAAAAGAUGUCCAACAUCUUCUCUGUAAGGUCCAAUGGCAAUGGCAAGAGUAUUGUAAUGACAGACUGGGACUUGAAGGCCGUGGUCAUUGGGGACAAUGAGGGCAAGGUCACAGGGAUGUAUACCGGUGAUAAAGGUACCAGCUGGUACCCAGGAGGGGCCUGCUUCAAUAAUGUUGGGGAUGUCUUUACCCUGGACUACACUAACAACCGGCUGCUGCUGCUGUCAACUGACGGGGAGAUGAUACAGGAGUGGAAUACCGCCCCUACCAUUACCCAGCCGUGGUCCGUCGUCUGUGGGUCGGCCAGACAGCUGUUCAUCACUGGGAGUGACCAUUAUGUACAUGUGUACCAAUACAUGUAUGAUGAAUAGUAGGGCUGAUUGUGAAGUUUGCAAUAUUACUGGAUCUCAUUGGAUAUUUGAUGUAAAAGGAUGUGAUUUUGUUGGUAUAAUUGAGACUACUAACACACACCAAUGCUUUUUAUAAGUAUGUGUGACUAUAAGUAUUGGGUUACUGCUUAUGGAAUAAAUAUCAUUUUAGAUUUAACAUCAGAAUUAGUUAGUUAAAUUAUAGACCUUGUGGGAACAUGUACUAACUGUUAAAUGUAUUUGUAAUUCAUUUGAUGAACUACAUGUUCUAUAUAAGGGUUCUACACAAUGCUUGUUUGCUUUAAACUGAUAACAAAAAGAUAAUUGUCUUAUCAAGUUAUGUGCUGGUGAUUUUUCUUUUCUUUUUUUUAAUCAUAUUAUGCACAUUAUCAUUGUCAAAAUAUCAUUAUCAAACUGCAACUAUUGUGAUCGCAAUUUUUUUUAUCUGAGGCUAAAGUAAACCACAUACUUACAAUUGUUAUAUUUUACACAUGUAGUUGUUAGUUGGUGCAAAGGGGAGAAUGUUUUGAUGUUCACUGAUAGCUAUAUUUUGGAACUCUCACGUUUGAUCUCGUAGGUUUAGUAUUACUUAUUAGUGAGUUAAUUUUCUGAACUCAUGCAAUGUUAUUACAAUCAUUUCAUCCAAAUGUCUGUCUAUACCUGCUUCUUUUGAAAAGCAAAAUUGCAAUACACAUCACUUAUUCUUCAUUUUUUAGUCAGUCUUAGGUUGAUUUCUCCAAAUGGUUUUAAUAAGUUUAAAAUUAUUGAUAUUAUUAUCAGUACUAUUAGCGUUGGUGGUGCUCACCAUCUGAAAUCCUUUGACAAACAAAUAAAAAUCAGUAAUAUGUAUGUAGAUAAUGAAAACUAAUUUCUUUGUUGGUUUGUGGAUAAGAAAAUUCAAUACUAAGUCACGUGAAAUUUUUUUUUGAAAUAGAGAAAAAAUGUAUUAAAUUGAUUGUUAAUGAGAGAAUAUUGUGUAUGUAAACUUUAACCAUAUCACUUUAAAUCAUUUAUUCCUAAAGGCAGUUUAUCAUUGAUUUCUGUCAUUAUGAUAAAACAUGCAACAUGUUGCUUUUACUGUUCACCAUUUCAGCAUUAUACUAGUAGAACCAUGACAUUUACCAUGCUUAAGUUUCCUUUUACUACUGUGUAUAUUACAUAUUAUUUACAAUCUCUUCAUUGUUUACCUUUCUCUGUUGAUUAAAUCUAAAUUAAAGUUUCGCUGCUACACUAAUGUCAAUCAUCUCGAUGGUUUUGAUUUAAAAUUGACAUCAAUUUUUUAAAAUCUUGCUAUAAAACGAGAACAGCCUAAAGAGUAACCUCUCUGCAUUAGGCUUUUAUUUUUGUAUAAAUUGGAUAUGGGAUAAAUGUGCUACAAGAAUUUCUUUAGAUGUAUGUACCAGUAUUAAUGCAUUGGUCUCUUGUCUAUUUGUGUGCUCCUUUUAAAGCUGAGAUUUAUUGAGUUGUAGUAAGAUUAUUAGACAUGGGCAUCUGAAGUCUGUUGAAUAUAGGCCUCUCAUCAUUUCGUAUAUUUUUUAAGGUAAAAAAUAUUUAUCCUAAAAAUUGAAUUUUUAAACUGAAUUUUUUAAAAUUCCUAAUACUUUAUGUAGUAGUAUGAGUUUUGAUUAAAUAUUGUCACUAUUUCUGGACUAGAGUACAUACAAUUAGUUUAUAUUUAGGCCAAUGAUAUAUGCGAGAAAGUAUCUUUGUUCAGGGACAACAUAAAAAGCAAAACAUGUGGUCAACUUUGUUUAACUUGCAGAAUCAUUCAUUCAUCAAGUGCCAUAUUCGUUAACCUUUACAGAACUAUGUUCUUUAAAAUUUAGAUCAGUUGAAUGGGAAACUUAUUUUGUUACGGCAUGUUUUAUCUUUUUCGCCAUUGUUAUAUCGCUAAAUAAAAUAUUUCUUUUAUUUGA